ACAUUGUUCGGGAAUCCAGACCGGUUGUUGUGGUCCUUGAGCCAACAGACAGAUAGCAUCAACGGUAGGAGGGGAUACAGACUCCUGCAGGCUAAUUGCAACAGCCAGUGUUCGCAGGUGCAACACUGAUCCUCCUGUGAGAGGAACUGGAGCUUUAUCUUGAAGAACCGUUCUGAGACUUGAGGGUGGGAAAAAAACCGGGAGAAGGUUGCACCUUGCACAAUGAGCGCAAAUUUGUCGCAAUCGCACAAAUCCACAUAUGACUCCGUCGAAUUUAAAUUUGAUGAGCAAUUCUGAAGCGUCUUUGGAAUCUUAAAAAGUGGAUCCCACGACUUUACAAUCAUGCGAAAUACUUGGUUGUCUCCACGGAGUUGGUUAUUGGAAUACUGGACAAAGGCUCUUCUAAGUCUUUUUUGGAUUCAAUACUCUUGCGGGAUGCCCCAUGUUAUCCGAAUAGGGGGGAUUUUCGAACAAACUGAAGGACCGGUUCCAUUUGUCAGUUCCGAGGAGCUUGCCUUUAAAUUUGCAGUCAAUAACAUCAACAGAAACAGGACUUUGUUGCCAAACACAACCCUAACGUACGACAUACAGAGGAUUAAUAUCUAUGACAGUUUUGAGGCAUCAAGAAAAGCUUGUGACCAACUGUCGUUAGGUGUAGUGGCAAUAUUUGGACCAUCUCAUAGCUCAUCUUCAAAUGCUGUCCAGUCCAUCUGCAACGCAUUGGAAGUGCCACACAUUCAAGUGCGUUGGAAACAUCACCCAAUGGACAACAGGGACACCUUUUAUGCCAACCUCUACCCGGAUUAUUCUUCUCUAAGCUACGCCAUUCUGGACCUUGUGCAGUUCCUUAAAUGGAAAACAGCCACUGUUGUAUAUGACGACAGCACCGGUCUUAUUAGACUACAGGAACUGAUAAUGGCCCCCUCCAGGUACAACAUCAGGCUGAAGAUUCGCCAGCUUCCUCUGGACACCACUGACACCAGACCCCUUCUUAAGGAGAUGAAGAGAGGCAGGGAGUUCCGCAUAAUUUUCGACUGCAGCCACGCAAUGGCCGCCCAGAUCCUCAAACAGGCCCAAACCAUGGGGAUGAUGACAGAGUACUACCACUAUAUCUUCACCACUCUGGACCUGAUGGCCAUCGACCUGGAGCCGUACCGCUACUGUGGCGUCAACAUGACUGGCUUCCGUAUCCUCAACGUGGACAACCCUCAAGUGGCCUCCAUCGUAGAGAAGUGGUCCACGGAGAGGCAGAUACCGCUCAAGCCAGAUUCAGGCCUGCUGGAGGGGAUUAUGACGACAGAUGCAGCUCUGACCUACGAUGCGGUCCACAUUGUGUCCGUGUCCUACCAGCACGCCCCUCAGAUGACGGUCAACUCCCUGCAGUGCCAUCGUCACAAACCUUGGCGCUUCGGUGGGAGGUUCAUGAGUUUCAUAAAAGAGUCCCACUGGGAAGGUUUGACCGGCCGGUUAUCAUUCAACAAGACUAGUGGCCUACGCACCGACUUUGACCUGGACAUAAUUAGUCUGAAAGAGGAAGGUCUGGAAAAGGUGGGGAAGUGGAGUGCGUCCGGAGGUCUCAACAUCACAGAGGUGCCCAAGCGGAAAGGGAUGAACAUCACAGACUCGCUGGCCAACCGCUCUCUAGUCAUCACCACCAUCCUGGAAGAACCAUACGUCAUGCUUAAGAAGUCUGACAGGGCGCUGGUGGGCAACGACCGCUUUGAGGGAUUCUGCAUCGACUUGCUGAAGGAGCUGGCCAACAUCCUGGGCUUCACCUACGAGAUCCGCCUGGUGCCCGACGGAAAGUACGGUUCCCAGGAUGAAAAGGGCCAGUGGAACGGCAUGAUCAGGGAACUGAUGGAACAUAGAGCAGACUUGUCCGUGGCACCUCUGACGAUCACCUACAUGCGUGAGAAAGUGGUGGACUUUUCCAAGCCUUUCUUGAGUAUGGGCAUCAGCAUCCUAUAUCGCAAGCCCAACGUCACCAACAAUGGUUUCUUCUCGUUCCUUAACCCCAUGACCCCCGACAUCUGGGUGUACAUCCUUCUGGCAUACCUGGGGGUCAGCUGUGUCCUCUUCGUCAUCGCCAGAUUCAGUCCUUACGAAUGGUAUGAUGCCCAUCCUUGUAACCCAGGAUCGGAUGUUGUGGAGAACAAUUUCACCCUCUUGAACAGCUUCUGGUUCGGUGUGGGCUCCCUGAUGCAGCAAGGCUCAGAGCUGAUGCCCAAAGCCCUCUCCACCAGGAUCAUAGGGGGGAUCUGGUGGUUCUUCACCCUGAUCAUCAUCUCCUCCUACACGGCUAACUUGGCGGCCUUCCUCACUGUGGAGAGGAUGGAUUCACCUGUGGACUCAGCAGACGACAUUGCCAAGCAGACCAAGAUUGAAUACGGAGUGGUCAAAGAUGGAGCCACCAUGACUUUCUUUAAGAAAUCUAAGGUUUCCACUUUUGAGAAGAUGUGGGCCUUUAUGAGUAGCAAGCCAAGCACAUCGCUGGUCAAGUCUAUUGAAGAUGGUAUCCAGAGGGUUCUCAAGUCAGACUAUGCCCUUCUCAUGGAGUCUACAACCAUCGACUACAUCACAAAAAGGAACUGCAACCUGACACAGGUUGGAGGAAUUAUUGACAGCAAAGGCUAUGGGAUCGGCACUCCCUUAGGCUCCCCAUACAGGGACAAGAUCACCAUAGCCAUCCUGAGUAUCCUUGAAGAUGGCCGUCUUCACAUGCUGAAGGAGAAGUGGUGGAGUGGGAGCAGAUGUUUGGACGAGGAGCGCCGGGAGACGGGCCCUAUGGGCAUUCAGAACCUGGGCGGUAUCUUCAUCGUGCUGGCCUCAGGCCUGGUCCUCUCCGUCUUUGUGGCCAUUGCCGAGUUCGUUUACAAGCUGAGGAAAACGGCGGAACGCGACCAGAGGUCUUUCUGCAGUGCCAUGGUGGACGAGAUCAGACUGUCGUUCACCUGCGAGAGGCGGGUGAAACACAAGCACCAGCCCCCAGCCGCGGUGAAGACGGAUGCAGUGAUCAACAUGCACACCUUCAACGACCGACGACUCCCGGGAAAGGACAACGUGACAUGCAACACUGGGAUGACCCCUGUGUUCCCGUGACAGUGUGCGCCUCUCAGGGGAAAAGCCUCCUGAGUCACAUGACUGGGGCCGUGCCAGAGACCAGGGACAACGGGAUUGAGGGAAUCACAAGGUUCACCAUAAACCACAGCAACAUGGGAACACUAACGAAACAUGGUCAACUCAAAAUG